AUGAGCUACACAGGCCUUAUCUCCCUCUUACAGAAGUGCUUCCUGGGUUUCCUUCUUGCCGUUGGCAUCCUGGUGACACUAUGUGAUGCAGCCUGUUUUCAUGAAGCAGCUAGCCCACGGAAAUCUACCAGAGGUUGUAUUCAAGAUGGAAAACUAUAUCAUUAUGGUGCCACUUGGAUUAAGAACUGCUACAGCUGCAGCUGUGACAAGGGAGGAAUAGGGUGCUGCUCCAUCUUUUUUCGUCCUGAUGGCUUUGACGAAGAGAAAUGUAAACUCACCUUCCAUGAGGAGUCCUGCAGCUACUCGUUGGUGCAGAAGGCCAACCCCUCUAAAACUUGUCCAUUCACGGGCAUGGUGGGUUAAGAAAUACCCUCCUUGGAAGAACUUUCCUUCCAGGUUUAAGUGACUCAUGGAAUAAUUCCUUUCUUG